AUGGCAGUCCUGCAAGUUGCUGCUGCUGCCCCUCCCCCUGUCUCUGCGAUUGGGUUUGAGGGAUAUGAGAAGCGCCUUGAGAUCAGCUUCUCUGAGGCACCUGUCUUCUCUGACCCCAACGGAAGGGGACUGCGUGCGCUCUCGCGUGCCCAGAUUGACUCUGUUCUCGACCUUGCGCGGUGCACCAUUGUGUCCGAGCUCUCAAAUGAGGACUUUGACUCUUAUGUCUUAUCUGAGUCAAGCCUGUUUGUCUACCCAUACAAGAUGGUGAUCAAGACCUGUGGGACUACAAAGCUUCUGCUCGCUAUUCCGAGGAUCCUUGAGCUUGCUGAAGAGCGCUCGUUGCCACUUGCUGCAGUUAAAUACUCCCGUGGGACAUUCAUAUUCCCUGAUGCACAGCCAUCCCCACACAAGAACUUUGCUGAUGAGGUUACCUUCCUGAAUCGCUUCUUUGGUGGCCUCAAGUCCGGUGGUAAUGCUUAUGUGAUUGGUGAUUCUGCGAAGCCUGGGCAGAAGUGGCACGUCUACUACGCCACUGAGCGCCCUGAGGAGCCUGUUGUUACUCUCGAGAUGUGCAUGACUGGGCUGGACAAGAAGAAAGCUUCUGUCUUCUUCAAGACCUCUGCUGAUGGUUACACAUCGUGUGCUAAGGAGAUGACCAAGCUCUCUGGUAUCUCGGACAUUAUCCCAGAGAUGGAUAUCUGUGACUUUGAUUUCGAGCCCUGUGGAUACUCCAUGAAUGCUGUUCAUGGCCCUGCUUUCUCGACCAUUCAUGUGACCCCAGAGGACGGCUUCAGCUAUGCAAGCUAUGAGGUCAUGGGCUUCAACCCAGGCUCUUUUUCUUAUGGUGACCUGGUUAAGAGGGUGCUGAGGUGCUUUGGCCCAGUUGAGUUCUCUGUUGCCGUGACUAUCUUCGGUGAGCGGGACAACGCAAAGACCUGGGGGAAGAAACUGGAUGCUGAGGCCUAUGCCUGCAGCAACAUGGUUGAGCAGGUUCUGCCGUCUGGUGGCUUGCUCAUCUAUCAGAGCUUCACUGCUACGGGUGAAACCACCCCUGGGUCGCCGAGGUCAGUCCUGCAUGACUUCGCUGGUGACAUUGUCAAGAAUGGCUCAGAGUGUGGUGAGCCUGACGCUCCCUGCUGGGAACCUGAUGCUGUUGAUGAGAGCGAGGAAAGAGAGGUAAAGAAGAUGAAAUGCUGA